CCGACUCCCAUCGAACUUCUCUUCCAAUACCCUUCUUGCCCUAACCUCGUUGAUGUAGUGCCGACCUAUGCCUGGAAUUCCAGGGACAUGCAGGUGAUGGCUGCAGCACAGACCCAAACAGCAGAAACGGGAAUAGAACUUGCAGCCUUGUUACCAGCGAGAGAACCAAUUUCAAUAGACCCUCCAGCGCCCAGCAGAACCUCUGUGCCCGGGGAGGACUCCCAGCCUAGGCCAUCAUUCUCCGACUUGUUUGAUCUGGAGAAUGCCCAGUUUGGUACAGCAGCUAUACGGAGCAUUCCCCGCGAAUCGACUACGGAUCGAAUACGCUUAAAGGUGCGGGACAUCAAGAGCAACAAGAUUGCUCGCCGUACACUCAAAGCGAUGUUAGCUUUCGGUACCAUAGCGUCGCUCUAUCAACUCAUCAGUCUGUUUCCAGCAUUUCAAGGCGCGCAUGCUGCUACACGCGGAUUACAACUUCAGGAGACUGAUUCUAGGCAAAACACAGCAUAUGGCUUUCUGUCGAUUUGUGCUAAUAGAAGGACCCAGAAUCUACCCCUCGGCCCAGACUGCCUCAAAUAUUUGACGAUGACUCCCAAAGCUCCACCCGAUAUUGACAGGUGGAUGGUGAAUUCACCUGUUGUGAAUAAUUCAACAUCUGCCCUGGUUACUAGGAACGUUGAGCCUUCGCUCACGGGAAGGUUCAACGAAACAUUCCUAAAUACAAGAUUACAAGCGCAACAAUUAUCCUCUCUAAGGGCUAUGUACAUUAUGCUUCUCAUCUAUGGCGCUUCUAUAGCUGUUGUAUUCUGGUUUCUAUCACGGCUUGGCUCCAGUGUCUUUUGGGGGCCGUUACACCGACUAGAUAGACACGGGAUAUUUGGAAGAACAAGAGAGAUUAUAGAAGACCGGAUCAGCGCGAAGGCAAUCUCGUAUAUCGACAGAUUCGUGUUGUUCUCGUGGAUGCUGUCAUACUACUCCGCUUGGGCGUACGUCUUGAACUACGGGCUGAAACUGAACAGUUGGUUUGCGACUUCAGGCUUCCUUGAUAUAUGCAAGACGAAACAGGAUCUGGACCUUCCACUCGGAGAAGAUUGUCUAAAAUACAUGGGAAAGGAGUUGAAGCCGGCGCCUGCUUUCACUUGGGUCAUAUUCAUCAGUAUUGCGGGUUGGGCCAUAUCAAGCAGUGUGAUGUUACUGAUCAUCUUGUACCUCAUUGGGCACAUGCUUCGAAGAUUCCUAGGUCUAUCAACCCCCGGUCGCCAAGAAACACGCCUAGAUCACGAAGCCGCUCUCCGAAUUAGAUAGACUCUGUAGAAUCGACUUGCGCACCGGAAGCGAGUGUGUGGAGCACGCCGUACAAGCUUUGCAUAUACGCCCAAGAUCUUCAAAUGAUUCCACUCGGAGAUGGGAAUCAGCUUUGAUAGAGUCUGGAUUAGACUCAACUGGGACUUGCUUGAAGAAACCAGCCAAUUACAGCCGUCACCUCAAGUUUACAUCUCUUCCUCUCGGACUUGGAGAUUCGCAAUGACUUCCUGAUUCUUCGCUCUCUACGCAAGUACAAUUCU